UCGGCGGGCAUCGUCAUGUACAAGCUCACUACGGGCCGGGUGCCAUUCCGAGGAAAGUCGAAGCAGUUGCUCCGUGAACGCAUCAUCGCGUCGCCGCUAAAGUGGCCACGGCCUGAGGACCAUCCAAACUCGGCGACCACGCCGUCCAAGGACCUGGCGUACCGGAUGCUCAAGAAGAACCCCAUGGAACGCCUCGGCUCCCGCAACUACAUUGACUUGAAGACGCACUUAUUUUUCGAUCAGUUCAACUGGCAGAGACUGUACAGCAAGACUGAAUUGUGCAACAUACCAAGCAUCACCGAAAUUAUGAACAGCGACGCCGAGAAAGACCGCAAGACGGGGGACCCCGAGGACAAGCGAAAGCACCAGCAGAUCGAGGAGAUGACCGACGUCAGCGCCGAAAGCCAAAAGCCGUUGCUUUGCUACGCUUCGUCAAGUUUCAAGAAACUCAUGCUCAAGGUAAAGUCAAGCAGGACGCCUAUCAAGGUAUCCGAAGCUUUCAUGGAGUCUAGCGGUGAGAACAGCGCUGCCAUAGACUAUCGUGCGGGCUCUUCGACGUCCACGAGUCGACCCGCAAAGCAGUAGCUGCCCACACGAAACACCCCAAACGUUGCGAGGAACAGUGGGUGGCGACACUGCACAGAUCCAGGCCCGAUAUCCAGGACGUGAUCCUUGGGUGGGCUGAGAGGGUUGCGGAGGACUACCGUGUGUGGCACCCUCCCUCCCUCAAUACCUGUAGCCGUUUCCUUCAAAAGCGAAAAUAAA